AUGUUUGUAGAGUCUAGACUGUUUGUUAAAGAGAAUUUAACUACCUCAAAUUAUAAUAAAGAAGUUAUAGAAAUAGAAUUUGAAAGUAAUAAUAAGGAUAUCAUAUUAGACUAUUUAACUCCUGAUAUUGAAAAUAGUGAAGAAAAAAUAUUCAAGAAUAUUGAAAAUCAUAAUGAAAGAUUUAGUUAA